CGGUUCGAGUACACGGUGCCUGGCCACGAGGGUGCUGAGGCAGCGCAGGUGUUCUCGUGGAGGUACCAGGAGUGGUCCGAGUGUUCUGUCCACUGCGGUGGCGGCCGACAGACGUCUGACGCGGUCUGCAUGGAGGACGAGGCAGGCCGGGUGGAGGACAUCUACUGCUCCACCGACCGGCCAGAGACCAGGUCCAGACCCUGCAACACGGAGGACUGUCCUGCCCGGUACGGCCCAGUGUGGCAGGCGUGAUGUGGCGUGGCGCUCGAACCAACGCUCGUGAACAAGAGCUUCGUAAUGCAUGGAAAAGGUUGUAAGGAAAGUUUUUCAUUUUGUAAUGUGUGAAGUUCUCAGUAAGUAAUGUUCGUAAAGGAUGUGACUCGCUCGUUUAAGAAGGGGUACGUAAAGGAGUUUGAUAGCAUAAGGUUCGUCACAAGAAAUGUUCGUAAUGGAAAAGUUUGUAAACAAGGACCCAUAAGCUUACAAAAUUUGAAGAUAUCCGGCACUGCUGAACUAAUCCCAAUCCCUCAUGGCUUUACCUUAUCA